CUUAGCUCUUCAGAAACAGGCAUCCUACUGCUGUCAGACUUGAGCUUGUUAGGAAUAGUGCAGCUGCUACCAGAAUGACGUGCAAGGACCAAUCUGAUGAGUUAAUCUUCUUCAUCAACGGCAGGAAGAUUGUUGAGAAGAAUGCAGAUCCUGAAGUCAUGCUGUUGACUUACUUAAGAAAGAAAGUGCGUCUCACAGGGGUGAAGUAUGGGUGUGGAGGGGGGGGCUGUGGAGCCUGCACUGUGAUGAUCUCCCGAUACGACACCCUCCAGAGCAGGGUCCUUCAUUUCUCUGUCAACGCCUGUCUGCUGCCCAUCGUUUCACUGCAUGGUGUUGCCGUGACGACUGUGGAAGGGGUGGGGAGCACCAAGACCAAGCUCCACCCCGUGCAGGAGCGCAUUGCGAAGGCUCACGGGUCGCAGUGUGGGUUCUGCACCCCUGGCAUGGUGAUGUCCAUGUACACCCUGCUGAGGAACAUUCCAGAACCCUCCAUCGAGGACAUCAGGGAGGCUCUCACAGGUAACCUGUGUCGCUGUACGGGUUACAGACCCAUCAUAGAUGGCUUUAAGACCUUCUGUGGGGCUUCAAAGUGCUGUCAGAAUGGAAAUGACACCAAGAACUGCUGUUUGGAUCAAGAGCCUGAGCUGAACCAGGAGGACGAUGAGAUCUCUAGUGAAUUGUUCAAGACGGAUGAUUUCUUACCCCUGGAUCCCACACAAGACCUAAUUUUCCCUCCUGAGCUGAUGCUGCUGGCACGCCAGCAGGGGAGUGGCAGGCUGGUGUUCCAGGGGGAGAGGCUCUGCUGGAUUUCCCCUGGGAAUCUGGCUGAGCUCCUGGAGCUGAAGGCACAGCACCCCAGCACACCCCUGGUCAUCGGGAACACCACUGUAGGGCCGAAUAUGAAGCUGAAAGGAGUGUCCCAUCCGCUGAUCAUCGCCCCCGCAGGGAUUGUGGAGCUGAGUGUUGUGAAGAACUUGGAGGAUGGGAUCUCGUUUGGCGCGGGGUGCAGCCUGUCUGUGAUGAAGGACGAGCUGAAGCGCGUCGUGUCCGAGCUGUCGGAAGAGAAGGUGGAGGUUUACCAAGCGCUGCUGCAGACACUGAGCUGCCUUGCAGGGAAACAGAUCCGCAACAUGGCGACCCUGGGGGGAAACAUCCUGAGUGCGAAUCCCAAAUACGACCUCAACAGCAUCCUGUCAGCUGGGGGCUGCACUCUCACCCUCGCUUCGAAAGGUGGCCUGAGGGAGAUCCAUUUAAAUGAGGAGUUUUUUACUGGAUUUGAAAAGACUGCCAUCAGACCUGAUGAAGUGCUGCUGUCUGUGUACGUUCCUCACUCCAGACAGUGGGAGUUCAUGUUGGCAUUCCGACAGGCCCAGCGCCGAGAGUUUUCCUUUUCCAUUGUGAACUCGGGAAUGAAGGUGGUCUUCAAAGAAGGCACGAACGUGGUGGAUGAUAUCCGGAUGUUCUUCGGAGGUGUGGGUCCCACCAUGGUCCGGACUAAACACAUGUGCCAGGAGCUGGUGGGAAGGCCCUGGAACGAGGAGCUGCUGACCGAGGCGUGCCGGCUGCUCCUGGAUGAAAUCCCCCUGCAGGCCUCUGCGCACGGCGGGAUGGUCGAGUUCAAGAAGACGUUGACCCUCAGCUUCCUCUUCAAAUUCUACUUGCAUGUGCUGCAGAGACUGAGGGAAAAGGGCCUGUGUGUUGAUGAGCUCCCUUCUGAAUACCUGAGUGCUUUGAAGUCCUUCAGGAACGAGGUGCCCCAGGGGCAGCACAGAUACCAGGUCGUUUCAGCUGCCCAGUUCUCCGACGAUCCGAUUGGACGGCCCUAUUUGCACCAAUCAGCUUUCAAACAGGCAACGGGAGAAGCGGUUUACUAUGACGACCUGCCCAGUAUAGAGGGGGAGCUCUUCCUGGUCCCAGUGACAAGCUCCAGGCCUCACGCCAAGAUCAUCUCCAUUGAUGCAGCCGCAGCUCUGAGCAUGCCUGGAGUGGCAGCGUUCCUCUCCGCUCCCGACGUUCCCGGGAACAACCGGAGAUCCUGGUUUGGCGACAUCGAGGAACUCUUUGUGGAGGAAGAGGUGACCUGCGUGGGACAGAUCAUUGGCGCCAUUGUCGCUGACACUCGGGAGAACGCGCGGCGAGCGGUGGAGUGUGUCAAAGUGACCUACGAGGACCUGACCCCGGUCCUUUUCACAAUUGAGGAAGCUAUUGAGCAGCAAUCAUUUUACAACCCUCAGAGGAAACUGGAGCGAGGGAGUGUGGAUGGGGCCUGGGAGAGCGUGGAUCAUAUUUUUGAAGGAGAGAUCUACAUGGGCGGACAGGAGCAUUUCUACAUGGAGACACAGGGCCUGAUUGCUGUGCCCAAGGGGGAGGACGGGGAGAUGGAGCUGUUUGCAGCAACUCAGCAUGCAGCUUUCACGCAGGAGGUCGUUGCUACCACUUUGGGGGUCGAGGCCAAUAAGAUCACGUGUCAUGUGAAAAGGCUUGGUGGGGGAUUUGGGGGGAAAGUCAUGAAGAUUGCAUCUCUGUCAGCGAUCGCAGCAAUAGCAGCUCACAAGACUGGCCGCUCAGUGCGUCUCGUGCUGGACCGUGGAGAUGACAUGCUCAUCACUGGUGGCAGACACCCCUUCCUGGGCAGAUACAAGGUGGGCUUUAUGAAGGAUGGAACGAUCGUCGCAGCAGAUAUCAUUUACUACAGCAAUGGAGGAAACACCUUGGAUGAGUCUUUAUUUAUCAUGGAGAAGGCUCUGCUGCACAUGGACAAUGGCUACCGGAUCCCUCACCUCCGCGGCAGGGGCUUCGUCUGCAGGACCAACCUGCCCUCAAACACGGCUUUCAGGGGCUUUGGGGGGCCGCAGGGGCUCAUGGUCAUCGAGAGCGUCCUGCACGAAGUGGCGGCCAAGUGCGGCAUUCCCACAGAGAGGGUGCGGGACAUGAACAUGUGCAGGGAGGUGAGCCUGACACACCACAAGCAGCUGUUCGACCCGGGGGACAUGGUGCGCUGCUGGGAGCAGUGUCUGCAGCAGGCCUGUGUCGAGAACCGUCGGCUCGCCAUCCAGGAGUUCAACAAGAACAACCGCUGGAGGAAGAGGGGACUCUGCACCGUGCCGCUCAAAUUCGGGGUCGGCUUCUCCAAGGGAUUCCAUAACCAGGGGGCUGCCCUGCUUCACAUUUACAAGGAUGGGUCAGUGCUGCUGACUCAUGGAGGCACAGAGAUGGGGCAGGGGAUCAACACCAAGGCCAUUCAGGUUGCUAGUCGAAUCCUGAAGAUCCCUAUGUCCUCGAUUCACAUCACGGAGACCUGCACUGGCAACGUCCCCAACGCUGCUCCCUCCGCUGCCUCCUUCGGGACAGAUGCAGUGGGGAUGGCUGUGAAGGAUGCCUGUGAGAAGAUCAUGAAGCGAUUGAAGCCUAUUAUGCAGGAAAACCCCAAGGACACGUGGGCUGCCUGGAUUAAAGAGGCCUACUGUCAGAAAGUCAGCUUGUCAGCAACCGGAUUCUUCAUGGGGCCACAUACGAAUGUUGACUGGGAGAAGGGGGAGGGGAUGCCCUACUACUACUUCACCUUUGGAGCCUGCUGCUCUGAGGUUGAGGUCGACUGUCUGACAGGAGAUCACAAGAACAUAAGAACCGACAUCGUGAUGGAUGUUGGUCAGAGUCUCAACCCAGCUCUGGAUAUUGGGCAGAUCGAAGGGGGCUUUGUGCAGGGGUUGGGUCUCUACACCAUCGAGGAGCUCCAGUUCUCCCCCGAGGGGGUCCUCCGGACGCGGGGUCCGUCUCAGUACAAGGUCCCUGCGCUCUGUGAUGUCCCCGCGCAGCUCAACGUGUCCCUGCUGGCCAACGCUCACAACCCUCAUGCCAUCUACUUCUCAAAGGGGAUUGGAGAGCCCACAGUGUUUUUCGGCUGCACGCUGUUUUACGCCAUUAAGGAAGCGAUUGCUGCAGCCCGCAAGGACAGCGGCUUGAGUGGGAGCUUCCCUCUCAGCAGCCCUGCCACUCCAGAGAAGAUCCGUCUGGCCUGUGUGGAUCGGUUCACGCAGAUGGUGCCUGCAGUGGAGCCGGGCUCCUUCACUCCAUGGACCAUCGGAGUGUGACCCAGAAACAGCAUGAAGAUACAGAGCCUGUGCAGGGGGCUGGAGCGCUCCCCUGAUCCCUGUCACAACAUCCUAGUUUACAGAUCUGCACCUGCCUGUCACUGUUCACGACACAUUCUUUGUCUUUAGUCUGUUACCACUUACUGAUUAUUUUUUAGCUGUACUAUAAAAAAUAACUUGAUACUUACUUGAUAAUUACUACAGAUUACAUGGCGUUUCUGGGAAUUACUUUUUCAAAUGUAUUUUUUGUGUCCUUGAUACAAGGGUUAAUAUCCUAGCUAUUAGAUGAUACAUCAUUGAUUAUGCAGUUUGGGUGGAGCAAAUUAUUAUUAUUAUAAUUAUUAUUUCUGUUGUUGUUACUAAUAGCAAGACAUUUACAAACAUUACUAAGAAUGACUUACUGCUUCUCUGGAAUUACUAAAUACCAAAACAAAGUAGUUUGAUUACUUCUCAUUUCACUUUAAGGUGUGAAACCAAAUCUUUAAAAAAUACAAUAUGCUGUUCGUGAUACAACAUGCAACCCGAUAUACAUGUGAUGAUCCUGGAUGGCUACUUGUAUGAUGCAUAAUAAGAUCAAAUCAUUAUUUAGCGAUGCGCUAUUUUGUUAAAAGACAAGAAUUAAAUGGGAUAGGGCCAGUAUAUAUCUGUGGAAGGGUGGUGGGCAAUUCACUGACACACAUAGGAGACAGAAGGUUUUAUUUGAAACACUAAACUGAUGCCCAGUUUUUAUUUAGGUAAUUUUAUUUUUAUUAUUUGUCGCCAGGUGGCGCUGGUGCUGCAACUCCCCCAACGAUGGUAAACAGGGGUUGCACUUGUAUCCGUCAGCACGCACAGGUGCUCUGAAAUAAUAAUGAAAACCAAAGGCAAAAUAAAAAGAGAAAAUAAAACACAGUAAUAAAACUACAAAAUAAAGGUGCUGCUUACGCAGUGCCCCCACUACUGCGAAGCCGGUCAGUUCAGGUCUCUGUCCUAUGCUUGUUUGUUCUCUAUACACUGGGGUGGCCAGAGUUCCCCGUAUAUCUACACACGUCACCUCGGGUACGUAAUUAUUUAUUUUAAUUCUUGUUUUAUUUGUUUAAGGCGGGCUGUCUUCCUCAGCCUUGCUUGCCUGUUUUGUUCUCUGCCUGGUCUUUGUUUACACUGGCGUCUUCCCCUGUCAGGCCACCUGAAUGCACAACCAAGCACAGUUCUUAUUGGCCAAGCAAAGAGUGAUGUGGUAAUCUAUCCCCAGCCAAGAUCAUUGGGUGAUUCCUACCGCACUGGCAGGGCUCACCAUGCCCACAGUGUUAAGAUACAAUCAGGGCGUCGCAGCUCAAGGUUUCAGAAUUCACUGUACAAAUCCUUUUAUAAUCAGAAUUGUAACAAAUGCAUUUGUAUUUAAAGCUGAAUGCUAACAUGACUGUACAUUAAAGGGAUGUUCUUAAUAAAGAAUUUCUUACCUGUGUACUAUAAUGUUACAUAUGUUCUCCAUUGCUGUUUCAGCUCAGUUCAUUAUUUCCCAGGCAUACCAACUAUUCCACAGAACUUGCAUCUUAAAGGACUCCUCAGGGCUUAUUGUAAGGUGCAGAAUCAUAUUAGCGGUAUGCAGGCUUCAGUACACAGUGCUUCACUGAGAUCUUCAUUGCACAGUGCUACUCAAAUAUGAAUCCCCACCUCUAUCUUACAAUCUGGCUAUUAAGAAGCAGUUUUGCUGGAAUAGUUAGUGUAAAGUGAGCUGAGCAGAAGCCACAGAGAAGUGUACAGAGCACACAGGAUAUAGGAAAAUGUAUGAUGCCCCUUUAAGAACGCAGUGCUGUCUAAAUAGUGUAAAACUGACUGUAUGUUCAAAUAAAGACCAUUUCAAACAAAAUUCCUUGUGUUGCAUCCCAUAUUAAAACAGCGGAGAGCUGA